AUGCGAUGGCCACUACCUAGUCAUACACCAACAGUUGGUUAUUCCAUAACCCGCAACAGGUACGGAGUUGGUUAUGAUUCGGUUACAGAUGAUUACAAGGUUAUAUCCCUUUCUCACUUUCUUGAGUUGAAUAAACCCACUAUCAGUUGUUUGUCUAUCUAUAGCCUUAAAAGUAAUACUUGGAACGUUGACAUUCCUUAUGAUUUUACUCUUUCGCCUCCUGCUGUUUAUGUUAAUGGGUUUGUUCAUUCGGUUGCUAAUAAGUUUGAUGGUUCGAGUGUAAUGGUUGCUUUUAGUUUAGAAGAUGAGUCUUUUAGCGAAGUCCCAUCACCCGAUUUAAGUAAUAUUGAUAGAAAGAUUAGUAAAUGCAAACUUGUUGUCAUUAAUGGAAAGCUUGCCAUUUAUGUGAACCAUGAAAAGUUAAAAGUUUGGUUGAUGAAUGAGUACGGUGUUAAAAACUCUUGGUCCAAGAUUCCACUUGAUACAUUCAAUUCUGAAUUUCGCAUGGAGAGACCGGUGAUUUUUGAUGAGAAUGGCAAAAUUCGGGUGGCUGGAAAAGGUCAAAUGGUGAUAUAUGAUUUUAAGAAAGGAAAGUUAAGUGAAAACACUUAUGUUUGGAGUAGUCUUAUGUUUCAGGUUUUUGAUAGUUAUUUUGAAAGUCUUGUCUCCGUACCAAAAAAAGUUGUAGAACAAGUUCACCCGGAAGACACAAUGCAGGCUCUAAAGCUAGUGAAGCUGAUUUAUGGAAAACUUAGAUCCAAUCUUUUGUCAUUUUCACAACACAUCCUUACCGUUUGCCAAGAUUAUGAAUGAUAAAAAGGCAUUGUUUUAUGUAUUCAUGGCAGUUCAGCCAAAUCGUAUAUCGAGUACAAAAAGUAAUCAAUCAACAGUUUGUUUUUUCAAAUAUAUUUUAUUUCGAUUGCCAUC